UGGUGUGGUUCCCUCCAAGAAUAAAUGCCGAGCGACGAAAAUAUCUUAGAAGGUUAGUGGUAAGCUCUGCCUUAUCCAUCUUCUCCAACGAGAGGAAAGGGAAGAAGAAGGAAAGGAGCGUAACAAUGGCGACAAUCCCAUCAUUGCCAGGCUUAACCCUAUUCUCUUCACUCCCUUCAGCUCCACCGCCUCACGAACCCUCACCCACUUCUUCUCCUUCAACCCCAAUUCCAAUUCCCAAAUACCCUCCUCCCAAAUCCCGCACUCUUCGAACCAACAACCCUCCAAAAUCACCUAAUCCUGCUCUCAAGACUUUCCACCGCCGUUCCAAGUACUACAAGCCCGUCAAAGAUGGCGUCAUCUCAUCCAACGGCGAACGCGCUGUCGUCAUCGGCGAUUCCGGUGUCUCCUAUCUUCUCCCCGGUGCUCCAUUCGAGUUCCAAUACAGUUACUCCGAGACCCCCAAUGUCAAACCCAUUGCAAUUCGUGAACCGGCGUUUCUACCCUUUGCACCUCCGACGAUGCCGAGGCCUUGGACGGGGAAAGCUCCAUUGAAAAGCUCGAAGAAGAAAAUCCCACUUUUUGAUUCCUUCAAUCCGCCCCCGCCUGGUACUAAAGGAGUUAAACAAGUCCAAUUGCCUGGCCCGUUCCCGCUUGGGCAGUAUCCCAAGGAGGGGAAAAGCAGAGAGGAGAUACUUGGGGAGCCACUCAAGAAUUGGGAGAUUCGCAUGCUGGUGAAACCCCAUUUAUCACAUAAUAGACAGGUUAAUCUUGGAAGGGAUGGACUUACGCAUAACAUGUUGGAAUUGAUACAUUCACAUUGGAAGCGGCAGCGUGUCUGUAAAGUUCGUUGCAAGGGUGUUCCCACAGUAGAUAUGGAUAAUAUCUGCCAUCAUAUCGAGGAAAAAACAGGUGGAAAAAUAAUUCAUCGAGUCGGUGGUGUAUUAUAUUUGUUCCGAGGUAGAAACUAUAAUUAUCGUACUCGCCCUCAAUACCCUGUAAUGCUCUGGAAACCUGCAGCCCCUGUGUAUCCAAAACUUAUUCAAGAAGCUCCAGAAGGAUUAACAAAAGAGGAAGCUAAUGAGCUAAGGAUGAAAGGGAAAAAUCUUUUGCCAAUAUGUAAAUUAGCAAAAAAUGGUGUGUACAUUUCCUUGGUUGAUGACGUAAGGCAUGCUUUUGAAGGAAGCAUUUUGGUGAAGAUCGAUUGCACUGGCAUGCAUGAAAGCGAUUAUAAAAAGUUGGGUGCUAAACUCAAGGAACUGGUUCCUUGUGUGUUAUUAUCAUUUGACAACGAACAGAUAUUGAUGUGGAGGGGAAAGGAUUGGAAGUCGGUUAUUUCAGAUGAUCGUUCUGCUCCACUUCCUUCUCGAGCUAGCUCAAAUGAUUCUUUGGGUUCGUCUGGUGAGUCUGUUGAGAAUAGUGACCUCUUAAAUGGCAAUCAUCAUACGAUCAAAACUAGCCCGAAAAUGAAGCUCCUAUGGGAGCGUGCCAUAGAUUCAAACAAGGCAUUGAUGCUAGAUGAGAUUGGUCUUGCUCCUGAUGAACUUUUAGAGAGAGUUGAGGAGUUUGAGAGAAUUUCACAAGCAACUGAACAUUCUUAUCCAGCAUUUAUCACAUCAAGUGAAGAAGUCAGCAGUCCAGCUGACAGCCCCGAAAGUCAGGAUCACUCUGAAGCCAACUACAACUCCGAUGAUGAUGUAGGUCGUGAAGAAGACCUUUUUGAUAAUGUUGACCCGUUAGUCCCUUUAGGAUCAUUACCUGUUGAUAUUAUAGCAAAGAAGCUCAGUUCUGAAUAGAUAUGCAUGGUCGCUUUGAUUGGUAUUUGAAAUAUUCUUGUGUGACAAGUUGAGGAGGGAAAAGUUGAAUAUUUUGUGUAUCUAUUUGUAAAUAAAUUAAUCAAACAUUGAAACUGUACUCUUAAAAGCAUCGACUAAAACACGUUUCUCCCCCA